AUGGCAACGGAAAAAAGCGCCAAGAAGAGGAAAGAGGAUACUCCGGAGUGGCUUGGAUUAUUUCCGAACGACCUAAAGAACAAAGCAGGAUCCCUUGCUUUCGUCAAGAGGAUGUUGGCUGUUGCUGUGUCCACCAUCACUUAUCUCAGAGGCAUUUUUCCCGAAAAUGCCUACCGUUCCAAAUAUUUGGAAGAUCUGUGCAUCAAAAUAUUGCGGGAAGACGACAGCGCAACUGGAGCCAGCAAAGUUGUAAAAUGGCUGUUUGGCUGUUUUGAUGCACUGGAUAAACAAUAUCUUCAAAUUAUUUUCAUCGGGGUAUUCACCAGUGAGAAUGCACCUAAUUGCAUUACUGAGUCCUACAGUUUCAAAUUCAAGUAUACCACCCAAGGUCCAGAGAUGGAUAUACUGAAGAACAAUGAUGUUGCGUGGAAGGUCACGUUGGAAGACACCAAGAAAGCGACUGUAGUGUUGAUCAGGAAGCUCUUCCUUCUUACGCAGAACCUCAGCGUUCUUCCCGACAAUGUCCACCUCACCAUGAAACUCUACUACUACGAUGACAUUACUCCAGCAGACUACGAACCACCAGGCUUUAAGAAGGGCACUUGCGACAGUCUAUUGUUCGAAGGCACGGCUGUGGACUUCACACUGGGUGACAUACAGACGACCUUCCACACUUUCCAAGUGAGAGUGUCUGCUGAGAGUGGUCGCCUGGGGAAGCUUAAAGGCGGGAACCAAGUGAAGGAGACUCAGCAGACAAGUACUUCAGGGAAAGAAAUUGACAAGAGCCCUUGCAAGAUAGUGUCUGCAGCUGCUGAUGAUAAUGAGACUCUGCCCUCUGAAAGUGGUAAGUUGAGCUGA